CAACGAAAAACCUACACACACACACACACACACACACACACACACACUCACACUCACACUCACAGCCUGGAAUUCUCCCUGAAACCACUCCUGCAGCUUUGCGGCCAGCGCCCUCUAGCGUUCAUCUGGAGAAUUGACGCCUCCGGGGCCCCUGGGGACCCAAAGCUCGCUGUCCACUAUGGUGUCCCCAAGCAUGCAGCUGGUCAAGGCCCUCCGCAGCUCGGUCUCGGACUAUGUCAACUAUGAUAUCAUAGUGCUCCAUUACAACUACACGGGAAAGCUGAAUAUCAGCGCCGACAAGGACAAUGGUAUUAAACUGACUUCAGUGGUUUUCAUUCUUAUCUGCUGUUUCAUCAUCCUGGAGAACAUCUUUGUCUUGCUGACUAUUUGGAAAACCAAGAAGUUCCACCGGCCCAUGUACUAUUUCAUUGGCAAUCUAGCUCUCUCAGACCUGUUGGCGGGCGUGGCCUACAUAGCCAACCUGCUGUUGUCUGGGGCCACCACCUACAAGCUCACCCCUGCGCAGUGGUUUGUGCGAGAAGGGAGUAUGUUUGUGGCUCUGUCUGCGUCGGUGUUCAGCCUCCUGGCCAUUGCCAUCGAGCGCUAUAUCACCAUGCUGAAGAUGAAGUUACACAACAGCAGCAACAGCUCCCGAUCCUUCCUGCUCAUCAGCGCUUGCUGGGUCAUGUCCCUCAUCCUGGGUGGCCUGCCCAUCAUGGGCUGGAACUGCAUCGGCACGCUGUCCAGCUGUUCCACCGUGCUGCCGCUGUACCACAAGCACUAUAUCCUCUUCUGCACCACCGUGUUCACCUUGCUCUUACUCUCCAUCGUCAUCCUCUACUGCAGGAUCUACUCCCUGGUCAGGACUCGGAGUCGCCGGCUGACCUUCCGGAAGAACAUCUCCAAAGCCAGCCGGAGCUCUGAGAAGUCGCUGGCCUUGCUGAAGACGGUCAUCAUCGUCCUGAGUGUCUUCAUCGCCUGCUGGGCACCGCUCUUUAUCCUGCUCUUGCUGGAUGUGGGCUGCAAGGUGAAGACCUGUGACAUCCUUUACAAAGCAGAGUACUUCCUGGUGCUGGCUGUGCUGAACUCGGGUACCAAUCCCAUCAUUUACACCCUAACCAACAAGGAGAUGCGCCGGGCCUUCAUACGGAUCGUGUCCUGUUGCAAGUGUCCCAGCGGAGACUCCACGGGCAAGAUCAAACGCCCGAUCAUCGCAGGUAUGGAGUUCAGCCGCAGUAAAUCCGACAACUCCUCCCACCCCCAGAAGGACGAUGGGGACAACCCAGAGACCAUUAUGUCUUCUGGAAAUGUCAACUCUUCUUCCUAAAAAGAAAAUUUCCCAUUCUUGGGAAGCACUCUUAUUUGGGCACCCGCCACCCCAGCGUUUGAAAGAUGCCUCUGGGCCUCAACCUUGCUAGGAAGGAGCUGCUGCAAGCCAGAGAGGGAGGGAAAGAGAGAGAGAGAGAGAAAGAGAGAGAGAGAGAGAGAGAGAGAGAGAGAGAGAGAGAGAGUGAGUGGGGGGACAAGGCACAGCUUGAUGGGCUGUUGGUGGUAGUUGGUUCCUGUGAACAAUGGCACUGGGGAAGGGUGGAGAUCAGGUUCCAGUCUGGAGCCGAUUUCCUUCCCCUGCCCCGACCCCUGGAGCUUUGAUUUUGCACUGAGCCAAAGGUCUAGCAUUGUCAAGCUCCUCACGGGGUAUUUUUGGCCCCUCCUCAAAGACUUAGGUCCCUUGGGAAAGGGUCUCUUUGGAGCUUUGAGAUGUUUUCUUUCACUUUCAAACCCAAGAGAAUGUGUGCACUUCUGCUUGUCUUGGGAGGCUCUGCAUAUCACACCCUUUCCUGCCCCUCCGGGAUUCUUCUACAUUAUAUUGUAACUACCCAGCGUUCAGGUGGGAGGAGGUUGUGGUCUGGUCCUUGUCGCCAUCAUCUGUGACAAGUGGGCUGGGUGGUAGGUAGGCAGUGAGAAGAUGGAAAUAGUUCGGAGAACUAAAGCAAUGUCAUUUGCUGAGUCCAAAGUUUCCACAUAAGUUGGACCAGGUUUUUGGAAUGUGGUUCAAGUUACUUUGAGUUUUGGGGUUUUUUUUUCAGUGAAAUGUGUUUUUUUUUUUCUUUCAGUGAAAUGAAUACCCAUUGUAGUUACAGUCAGAAUAAGGAAAUCCAAUUUAUCUAAAUAAUAUCAGUCAUGGUCUUGAGAAACCAACAAAACCAGGUGAAAAUAGGAGUUACCUUUUGUAAACCAAGAGAGAUUUCUCAAUUUCUAGCCAAUGCCUUCAUUUCUAGCAAAUACGACAUCUGUCUUUGGCACUUUUGUUGAUGUUUCUUUCAGACUGUUGUGUGAUUUCAUUUCGACCAACAAGAUGGUUGUAUUUUGUGGUGUUAAAAGUACUCUUCAUGAUUUUUGAAUGUAUUUGUUUCAGCAGAAGUAAUUUUAUGGGUUUUUUUCCUAACCUGUGUUAACAGCAUUGAAUGUGCAUUACUUAAGAAAAUUCCACCCUCUUGUGCCCUUGAAAGCAUUACUUUAACUGAUAGGGAACACCAGAAGUUUUUCAGUACAGCUGUUCAUUAGAUAGUAAUUAAAGGUGUGUAUAAAUGUUACAAAGAAUAAAAAUAUAUUACUGUCUCUUAGUAUGGUUUUCAGUGCAAUUAAACUAAGAAAUGUCUUUUUUUUAAGUAUUUAAUAGGCUUCUGACUUUUGUGGAUCAUUUUGCACAUAGCUUUA